UCUUUACUAUUACUAUUGCUUGUAUUAAAAAGGCUUAUCAUAAUGUGGGCCUGGGCAUUGCUUCCAAUUUUUCUGGCCGUAUGGGCCAUUGUUGGUGUUUGGAUAGUGUAUGCAAUGGCUGUGUCCAAUGGAUCAGUAAAUCUCAAUGACGGCUUUCCAGUCAUCAGCACUUGUGGAUCAUAUCCACCCCAAAGUUGUAUAUUUGGACAAGUCCUUAACGUUGGGGCAUUUCUCGCUGUGUGGAUUCUAGUAAUGAGAUUUCAGCAAAUCAGAGACUAUGGUUGCCACUCUCAUUUGAACUCAGUAAGUUUGGCAAUAGGGUGUUUUUGUGCCUUGGGGACAUCUCUAGUAGCGAACUUUCAGCAAUCAAUACAGUUAGAGACUCACCUAGCAGGAGCGUUCUUGGCAUUCUUCUUUGGCAACAUCUAUUUUUGGAUGCAGACAGUUUUGACCUAUAAGGUAGAGCCAAGGCAUGGUGGGCGUUGGAUUGUACCCACUAGAUUCAUCCUCAGCAUGGCCUGUACAGUAUUCAAUGUCCUGAUGGUGGUCUUCUUUACCCAGAAUAUGAAAUCGCUAGCAGCGAUAUGUGAGUGGGUUGUUGCCAUGAUUAUAUUCGUACUGUUUGGAUUGUUCUCAGUAGAAUUCUGGCAUUUGGAUAUGAUGUCUCUUCAUGUGCAAAAGAGGAGGACAGCUAUACCUAAUGAAAUGCAGGUCUCUACUAUAACCUUGCAGUAA